GAAAUCUCAGCUCCCACCAAUAACAAGCCCAAUGCCAACCGCGGUUCCAUGUCUUGCAUAUGGAGGGAAACAGGAAAUGGAAGUCCUUGAUCAAAUUUUUCCACCACGAGAGUGGAUGGACAACAACAAUCAAUAUAUACAAUAUGUGUGCCGUGAUCCUUGUACCCGUACCGAUCUGAGUGAUCUCCAGGAUGAGCUGGAUUUGUUACUUUUGCAGAGAAAUGCUCGAGAAGUGGGACUCUGUUCAGUUCGUCGAGAGCUCUAUAAACAGUGUUUUGAUGAACUCCUUAGACAGGUCACCAUCGGUUGUGCGGAGAGAGGACUUCUACUGAUGAGAAUCCGAAAUGAGAUUGAGACCACCAUUGCAGCCUACAAGACUCUUCACAAAAGCAGCAUGGCAUAUGGGAUGAGAAAGUCUCUGCAAGCCGAACAAAACCGGAUUGAUUUGGACAAAAAAAUUGCAGAGUUGGAAUUAGAGAAUAAUGAACUCCAGAAGCAGCUGAAUGAACAGAAGGCAAAGUGUGCUGCCAUCGAAAAGUGUGAGGAGGUCCAAAGGCAGGUUGAAGAAAGGAACCACAAUGUUAAAGUUGAGCUGUUCAGACAAACCAAUCAGCAGCUUAAGGCUCACCUGAAAGCAGUCGGUGGCCCGGAAAACGGAAAGAAAGACUGACGCGGCCCAGAUUUGCUGAACCACUGCUUUCUGACAUUGGCCUUUCUAACUAUUAUGCACCUGCCAACAAACACUCGGCUUUGUGGCUCCUGCUAACUGGAACUCUUCUUGGGUCUAAUCGGGAGAUUCAAGCUGUCAGUUCUCUUCUCUGUCUCUCGCCUUUUAAUUGCUGCCUCUUCAUUUAUGAGCUCCAGCAACCCUCCUGUUCACUUCUACCUGCUUUAUCCUGUGCUCUAAUGUCGUCUCUCUUCUCUUUUGUUUUAGACGAAUUUUGUCUUUUUUUUGCCUUUUGCUUCAUUUCUGAGAUGCUACUCAAUGAUAAACAUAAUGGUUGUACGUACUACCUUGUACUUAU